AUGUCUUUGCCCAACGAUACUUCUCCAGCUGGUCCUCUAGGGGGACCAGCUUUGGAACCUUCGCCUGGCGAACUUGCAUCAGCACUUCAUAGACUGGGCUCUGUUAUGCGAAAGUGCGCUAUCAAAUUUCGUUUCACGACACGCAACUCACCAUCAGCUCAAGGCCCGCUCUUACCAGAACAUCGAGAUCAUAUCGACAGACUUCAAGAAAGUACACCAAUGUACUUGCCUUAUAUUCAAUUCCACCCUCGUGCUAUAAAUGUGGUACUUACAACAUCCCACCCCUCUUUAUCUAUCGAUGCAGUGCCUCAGCACAUGCACCCGACGCCUCAGCCCAUACUGCCAGCCCCUCAGUUUCCACCUCAUACUUCUGUUGCAGUUUUGAGUCAAGCACCGGCUGGUCGGUCAGAUGUCCCUCAUGUUGGAUCGAGUGUAGAUCGUAGGAAUCGUCGAGCAUUGAAUCGGGUGGUUGAAGUGCCAUCCUGGAGAGGCAGCAGUCGUUCAAGGAGUCCCAAUAUGUCAGGUCGUGCCAGUACUUCAUAUUCUGGUACUGGGCAUCAACAGAUGUUGACCAUGCCUCCAUCUAGUGGUGGGGAACACGACAUUUCGAUGGAAUAUGAACAUCCGCCCCAAACUGACACCAACCAUGCCACACCUCUAACCCAGCCUCGAGCUGUCAGUAUCUCCCCUGCGAUGGACACGAGUCCCAUCAUCAAUUCCAGAUCCACAGAUCCCCCACUCCAAACUCCUUCACCAGCGAGACAUUUUAUAAUGCCCUCUGCCAUUGAAAGUCAUCUUGACCGGCUUGUUACACAGCGCCUUCUCGAACUGUCUCAUAACGUGUUGACGCCGACUUUGAAGAAUGCUAUUGAUGCCAUGAUUCCUUCCAUGGUUAAACGGCUAUCAGACGAUAUGAGAAACGUCCCCGUUGGUCUCCAGCGUCGUACUCGUAAGGAGGAUUCUUCGUCCGAUACUCAAGCAAGUGACAGUAAUGAUGAUUUGACACCUCAUCCCCGCCGGAAGCGCCCCAGUAAGAGAGGCUCAAAGAAUCACUUGCAUCUCGCAUUCCGCAGCUAUUUACAAGAGAAGAAGCUGCUCAAGGGUAAAGAUGGCUCACUGCCUCAAUCUCCUCCAAUCGAAACCAUUCAAGCCUUCAAUCACAAUCACGACUGCUGUCCCACCCUACAAGACCUCUUCAUCGACUGGAGUGACUCACUAAAGAAGUCUUCAUGGAACACAGAAGUAAUCAACCUCGUAGUCAUAGACUUCCAAGCAAAGAUCAGGAACGGCACCUAUGCGCAAGUUCUUUUCCAUGCGAAAGCCACAAGUCUCGACAAUUUGUGUUCAUUGUGCAUUGAAAAGCUACGCAGAACUCAAUACCAAUGUCGACAAUGUGCGCAGAUCAGUAACUAUAUCAAUCUCGACGAGAUUAAUCAUGCAUCUCAUCAAUUGUUGACAUGCAACAAGCGAAGGCAGCGCUUAGAUAGGUGUAACACUCGAAAACAUGGGACUCUCGAGAGGCGUAUAAAGAUAGUGGCACAAAACCGACACCGCAGCCCUGAUACUUGGGACACGAUCGAACAUAUUAUCAAUCGGUUAGAUGUUGAUGGUGUUAGUGGGGAUGAAACGGACACGCCAAUUGGGGCGACACCAAAGGUAGUAAGGCGAGUAAACUUUCCAUGGCUCAAUCCCGACAUCACUCAUUUACUCCAUGCUGUGGAGUCAUAUGCUCCAGCAACUCACAAGGAAAAUAUGACCAUUCCAAUUGGAAACUCGUCUCUUCCACAUAUCUUGGAGCCGAAACGCACGGCUCAAAAUUCCAUUGCCAUCCAACGGCUUCCACGCAACUGGUAUAAUGACCACUGGUAUAAAGCUAAUUCCACCAGUGCCCGCGCUCUCUUAGGGGCUCGCAAGUCAUUGAUCAUCCCAACAUUGGAGCCCUAUGGUUCUCAGAAACACCCAUAA